CCACUUCGAAUUAGGGUUCCUCGGAGAGGCGACGGAUCGGAAUCGGGCCGCCUCCGCCACCAAAGAGCAUCGGAAAUGCCGAAGCAGAUUCAUGAGAUUAAGGAUUUCCUUCUCACUGCGAGAAGGAAGGAUGCACGGUCGGUGAAGAUCAAGAGGAGCAGGGAUGUGGUCAAGUUCAAAGUCCGCUGCGCCAAGUACCUCUAUACGCUUUGCGUCUUCGACUCCGAGAAGGCAGACAAGUUGAAGCAGUCUCUUCCACCAGGUUUGAGCGUCCAAGAAGUCUGAGGAUGCUCUGUCGAUGGGUUUAUUUCCUCUUCUCAUGGAAGGAACUGUGUAGCUUUUGAUUUAAUGGGUUACAUGUUAUGGUUUUGAGUGAAUUCUAAUUUACUAUCUGUUUUUUGUUCCGCAUUUACAAUUGGAGAUUGUGCUAAGUUAGAACCCGUCCACCUGUUUCUAUUAUUUGUGAUCCUUAACGACAUGGUGUUUAUGGUUUAAUCCGUGUGCUUGGAGGCUUCCUACAUGCAAAUCAGCUUGUUCUCAAUA